GAAGCUUUAUUAGUUUCCGAGUUCCUGGCCGGACAGUCCUACCCUAGCAACGAUACUUCCGGUUGUUGUUGUUUUUGUGCAGUAACAGGACCAGGUUGGUCAUGGAAGAUGAUGGAUAACCUGACAGCGAAUAAGAGACAUCCUGAGACAUCCUCUCAGGCAUGGCCAGGCCAGACCAGCUGGUCCGGAGCCUCAACACUCAACUCAAUGUCCAGCUGCCAGAGCCCCGGCCGAGGAAGCGCACCCUCCGCCCAGAGGCCGCAUUGCAACCAGCAGCAGACGCCCGAUGACAGCUUCCUCUGCACCCUGGCGUCCGUAACGCACGGUCACAGCAGCGUGUCGCCCGCCUCGCUUUUUGCCAACGCCGCAUCCCAUGCAUUCACGUUCGACCACGGCCACUCUCCACCUGUGCAGCAGGUUGACACGCGAGGGGGGCAUGGACCGCUGCAAACACAUCUAUCAUCACACACGCCAUCUUUUCAGUCCCCUUUAUCCAAUCGCAGACUUCACGGCGGACCAUCACCGAUAUCUUUUCAAAGCACCCUCGAGGAGUCGGCACCCCUAGUGACGCCUCAGUGGAUGUCCUCGUCGCACUGCAGCGCCGACAGUAGCGCCGCUCAGCCUGACAAAGACGGGAGCAUUCCAACACCAGACAACAGUGUGACAAAGCGUUCUGAGGUUUUACGUCAGCGUUCGCUUUUGCUCAAACAGCUGUCAGAGUUGGAUAAACUGCUGGAAUCGCUGCCUCCAGACGACGAUGACGACAACGAUGAUGAUGACAGAUCGCCACACUCGGAUGCUCGGGAAAAACACUCAACGGAGUUGUCGGAUGCAGGCCAUCAUGGUUUCUUUCCGAGCGACGACGGCGACAUCUCGGACACUCUGUGUGACCCCGGCGACGACGGCGGCGACAUCUCCGACGCUCUGUGUGACCCCGGCGGCGAUAUCUCCGAUGCAAUGUGUGACUCCGGUGAUGACGACGGCAACAUCUCAGACACUCUGUGUGACCCCGGCGAUGACGACAUCUCUGACGCUCUGUGUGAUCCCGGCGAUGACGACAGCAUCGGCUCUGUCUCCUCCUCAGACAAAUUCUGUCGCAGCACAGACCCCCUUGGACCCCCAGAUGAGGAAAAGCCUCACAGGGAAGUGGCCAAACCAGAGUGGAAUUUGCUGAAGAACGUGAAGGUGUGCGCCAUGAAAGAGAGGCCGGCGGCGAGCAAGAAGAGCUGCAAGCGUGUUUACCGCAGGAAUUAUUGCUUGUUUUGCGGCAAGCAUGUGACCAAGAUGUCCAGGCACCUGGAGAGAUUUCACAGCCACAAGGCAGAAGUUGCCGCCGCCCUCCGGUUCCCCAAAGGCUCCCGGGAAAGGCAGAAGGUGUGGAACCGACUGAUCAACGAGGGGAACUUUGCGCACAAUAAGCAAGUGCUGAAGACUGGCGAGGGACAGCUGGCGGCCCGAAAGAGACCCCACAAGACGGGGCAAGCCCAGGACUUUCUCCACUGCCUCCACUGUCGAGGGCUUUUCAUGAAGAAAAGCUUGACCGGCCACAUGAAGCGCUGUCCAGAGAGGGAGAAGGACAGCGAGCCACGGAUACGGCAGGAACGCGUGGAAACGCGCUGCGCCUUGGAAGCCAUCGGAGACCUCGGCGUCAGCCAAGGCUUCCGGGCCGUCCUGUCGCAGAUGAUCUACGACGACGUGACGCGCCUCAUCUUGACCGAGCCCAUCCUGCUCCAAUACGGUGAGGACAUGUUCAAGAUUUACGGCGCUGACACCAAGAGGCAGGAGUACAUGCGGCAGAACCUUCGCCAGAUGGCCAGGCUGGUGCUGGAGGCCUGGAAACGAACCCCGCUGAAGAAGAUGGAGGAGUUCUUCCUCCCCGACAGCUUCCAGCACGUAGUGUCGGCUGUCAACGUCCUGGCCGGCCACAAUGCGGCCAGGCGGACCUACAGCAAGCCCUCGCUGGCCAUCAAGCUGGGCUACUCCCUCCAGAAGGUCUGCCACAUCGUCCAGGAAAGAGCGCUCCAAUCCGGAGACACCAGCCUGGCAGAGUCCGCCAAAGAUUUCCUGGUUGUGUACAGGAAGGAGUGGAACAGGAUGAUUUCUUCGGGUGCGUUGUCGGCGCUCCGGAAGACCAAAAAGAUCUCAAAGGAGAGGGUGCCCGACGUUCAGGUCGUGAAACGGCUGAACUUCCACGUGGAGAAAGUCCACCUUCUUGCCGAGGAGAAACUACGAGCGGACCCCACUGCGGAAACCUACGGCGCCCUGGCCCGGGUCAUUCUGGCCCGGAUCGUUCUGUUCAACAGGAGACAAAGCACCGAGGUGUCCACAAUGCUCCUCACCGCUUUGAAGUCCUGUAAGAAGCCCAACCCGCAGAACCUGGAGAACCUGGCCAUAUCCGUGUGCGAGUUGGAGGAGAGCAUGUGCAGGGUCUUCACCAGGAUCGAAAUACGUGCCACGUGCGGCAGGAUGGUGCCGGUUCUACUGAAACCAUCCUUCCUGUCGACGCUGGAGCUUCUCGCCGACGUCCGCGAGGCCUGCGGCGUCCCCGCCAAGAAUCCUUUCCUGUUCGGCCGCCCGCACACGCUCUCCGCCUACAGGGGCUCCAAGUGCAUCCAGAAGUUCGCCAAAGACAGCGGCGCCAAGGACCCCGACGCGCUCACGGCCGCCAAAAUCCGCAAGCACCACGCCGCCAUGCUGCAGCUCAUCAACCUGGACGAGCUGGAGGCGGAGCAAAUAUUGGGCCCCGGCAAUCAGGUGAAGAGCCUGCGCCGGAACAUCAGCCUGGAGCUGAAAGACGUUGGCAUGGACUGUGAAGGUCUCAAUGCAGCGAGAUUACAGUGUGGAGGACCACGGCCAGUUGCAUCAUGGGAUCACUCCGAGUCCUUCCGUGGAGUAUUUGGCACAAGCAUGAUUAAUUCCACACCGUCAAGGCAGCCGGCACUGAAAGGCUCUCAAGUGCCAGGCAAGCACAAGUGGAGCGAGGCGGAGGUCCACGCCGUAGAGAGACACAUGAUGGCCUUCAUCCGAGGCCACAAGGUGCCUCAGAAACACGACUGCAUCCGGUGUCUCAACGCUGAGCCGCGAGCGCUGGGGACGCGCUCAUGGAAGGGCGUCAAGGACUAUGUCAGGAACAGGAUCACUGCCCUGAAAAGACAGAGCGCUCGUAGCUGAGUGGGAAUGGUGUGGCGGAGCUGUAAAUAUCCUGUCCAUAGUCUGGCCCAUAUUUAUUUAUUUAGUUUUCUGCUUGGUGUUUCUGUGAUGUUCAUGGAGCAGGUUUAUACUUGUAUGUGUGUCUGUUGUUCGUUGUGCCAUUCCAGACACAACUUUCCUAAAGGUUAAUGUCUUGCCACUUUCAGAUUAAAGGACACAUCUUUGUCAACUCAA